GACCGUUUUCUUCCGAACAAACAAAACCUCGACACUGGCCGCUGUGAAAAAAACAAACAACAACGAUUUAAAUAAAUAUAAAGGAUUUACUUGAAGACAUCGCUGUAUCCAAUUAUAUUUCUCUCUCACUUUCUAGCGGAUUCAAAACCAGACAACACAAAACACUGUAAAGAUACAUAUAUUUUUUAAAAUUAAAAUUCAUUGCUAUUUUCUAAUAGUUUUAAGGACUAAAAGUUUACAGCCCAAGUUUACAACUUGCUGUCAGGAUGUCGUGAGGGAGGAAAGGAGAGAGCGAGACAGUCGACUGGAGGAGGAGAAGAGGAAGAGGGGGAGGUAGGAGACAGAGUGGGAGGGAGGAAAAGAGGAAGACUUUUCGAUGGCGACAGACGGCGGCGAACCAGCUGGCACAGAGGAAUCGGAAAAAACAGAUGGAGUGAGUGUGGAGAAGAGGAGGGUGCUGGAGCGAGAGGGGGGAAGCGACAGCAGCCCUGGGGGCAGCAGAAACGGCGCUGGCCCAGGCAAAACCGCAGCCAUGGUCCCUCUGACCGUUUCUACUGCGCCGCUCUCUGCUUCAAGCCCUCCAUCUUCCCCUUCCCUGACAAUAAAGCACCCUGCUUCGCUCGGCGCGAUGGACACUAGCGACGCCAAGGGAGUGGGGGUCUCCAAGUCCGGCUCCUCUAGUGGCGGGAGGGAGAACAACAAGCGUUUCUUCCGCAAAAGCGUGGAGCUGUGUGAGGAAGAGGAGGAGGAGAGAGAAAUCGCUAAACGGGGCACGACUCGCACGGAGAGCUCCGACAGCGUGUUUGCCAACAUCCCCGGGGCCCCGCUGUCUUCAACGCCGCCACCUGCAGCCCGCGACCCUCAGGAAACCUGCAACUCCACCCCCGGUAAAAAUCAACCGGCCAACAUCGCCGCACCGGCUGGCUCAGCUGCUGCCAUCGCAGCCGCGGCCAGGGUGAGGACAGAAAGGGAGCUGGAGGAGGAGGCGGAGAUGAAGGCAGUGGCCACCUCGCCCGGGGGCCGGUUUCUCAAGUUCGACAUAGAGCUGGGCAGGGGAGCCUUCAAGACCGUCUACAAGGGGCUGGACACCGACACCUGGGUGGAGGUGGCCUGGUGUGAGCUGCAGGACCGGAAGCUGACCAAGAUGGAGCAGCAACGUUUCAAGGAGGAGGCGGAGAUGUUGAAGGGGCUCCAGCACCCCAAUAUCGUGCGUUUCUACGAUUCCUGGGAGUCCUCUCUGAAGGGGAAGAAGUGCAUCGUCCUGGUCACUGAGCUCAUGACCUCCGGCACCCUCAAAACGUACCUGAAACGCUUCAAAGUGAUGAAGCCGAAGGUCCUCCGAAGCUGGUGCAGGCAGAUCCUCAAGGGCCUUCACUUCCUGCACACGAGGACCCCUCCCAUCAUCCACCGGGACCUGAAAUGCGACAACAUCUUUAUCACCGGCCCCACUGGCUCCGUGAAGAUUGGCGACCUGGGCCUGGCCACGCUCAUGAGGACCUCCUUUGCCAAGAGCGUGAUCGGCACCCCUGAGUUCAUGGCUCCCGAGAUGUACGAGGAGCACUAUGAUGACUCUGUGGAUGUCUACGCCUUUGGCAUGUGUAUGCUGGAGAUGGCCACUUCGGAAUACCCGUACUCUGAGUGCCAGAACGCAGCCCAAAUCUACCGCAAGGUCACCAGCGGCAUCAAACCCGCCAGCUUCGAGAAGGUGAGCGACCCAGAGAUAAAGGAGAUCAUUGGGGGGUGCAUCCGGCAGAACAAAAGUGAGAGACUCUCUAUAAAGGACCUCCUGACCCACGCUUUCUUCGUGGAGGACACCGGGGUGCGCGUGGAGCUGGCAGAGGACGAUGACGGGGUGAAGGACUCCCUGGCCCUGCGGAUCUGGGUGGAGGACCCCAAGAAGCUGAAAGGGAAGCACAAAGACAACGAGGCCAUCGAGUUCAGCUACGACCUGGAGAAUGACCUGCCAGAGGGGGUGACGCAGGAGAUGGUGAAAUCCGGCUUUUUCAAUGAGAGCGACUCCAAGGUCGUCUCAAAGUCGAUCCGCGACCGGGUCAUGCUGAUCAAGAAGUCCCGCGAGACGCGGCAGCUGCUGCGCGGCUACGAGGAGCGUCGCGACUCCCAGACCCCCUCGCUAGGGGGCAGCAUCUCCGCCUGCUCCCAGCUCAGCGGGCUGCUGCCCUCCCUCAGCCAGCCUGCAGGGGGCGUGACGACGGUGGUGGCGCCAGUGACUGGAGGGACCCUGGGAGAUGUUGAGGAGCUUACUGAGGUGGACCAGCAUGUGAGGCAGCAGCAACUGCAGCAGAAGCUUGGGCAGAGCUCCACUUUCACAGGUGAUGGUGUCGGGGAGAGUUGUGCCGGUCCCGCUGUGUUCUCAGACCCCAGCGCUGACCAGCUCCUCAGUGGACACCACCAGGUUCCCAGCAUGCAGCAGGCUGACCUGGGACUGCACCAGCAGUACCAGCAGGCUCACCAACCACAGCUGGGCAGCUACCAGCAAGGCAUUGCGCAUCUUGAUGCCUCUCUGCAGCCUCGUGGGACAGAGGGGCAGCCCCUGACCCAGCUGCAGUCACAGGCAGGGUCUGGCACGGUCCUGUUGGACUCCUCCACCGGCCCGGCUCCUGCCUCCUCCAGCACAAUUCCCGGCCCCUGCCUGGUGGCUCUCCCCCAGACUCAGACGCAGGCUUUCCGGACCGGGGUGUGUCCCCAAACAGGGGGCCCUGCAGAGACGGCGGCAGCUGUCGUGGAUCCGAGCGAUUCCGCAGGCGCUCGAGUUGUACCACCUCAAAGUGUCCAGCAGCCGCAGCAUCAAUCUCAAACAGCACAGGUCUCCCAGCACCAAUCCAACCCCUUACAGAUUCAGCAGGCUUUAAUGCAGCAGGAGCAGCAGCAACAGGUUUUCUUGUCUCAGCAGCCGUCGCAUUUGCAGUUACAUGGAGGUAGUACCGAGUCACAAGUGCAGCAGCAGCACUUAAUGCGACAGCAGCAAAUGGAACAGCAGGCUUUCCUAUCGCAGCAGCAGCAUCAACUGCCAGCUGAGGCCCAGCCUGCAGGGUUCCAGAAACACCCGUCUGUGGUUCAGGACUCCUUACAGCUUCAACACGCCUUAAUGCAGCAGCAGCAGCAGCAGCAUCAAGCUUUCUUGACUCACCAACAGCAGUUGCAAUUGAUUGGGGGAAUGUCCGAGUCGCAAAUGCAGGCGCAUUCAAUGCAACAGCACUUAAUGCAACAGCAGGUGGAUCCGCAGGCUUUUCUACCGCAGGAGCAGCCGGGACAGCAAGCUGCAUCGAUGGGGCAAGCUGCACAGUUUCAGGCAGAGCAGCAUUAUUUACUACAGCAGGCGCAGCUUGGCUACCAGCAGCUGGCUCAUCUCCCCUUGCAGCAGCAAGCAGAGCACACUCAGCAGGUUUGCAUACCGGCGUCGGUACAGCAGCAGCAGCAGCCUGUGUACAGCUCUCAACACCAGCAACUGCAACGACAACACUCGGCGAUGCAAAUGCAGUCGCCGCAGCACCAGGCAACAGGUGCGCAGGUAUCAGCACAGCAAGCAACGCCGGCUGUCCUUCAGCAGGGCCAGCUGCCAGCGGCUGGAUUGACAUCGCAAAAACAGCAGCAAGUACAGCAGAAACAGCCGGUGCAAGUUCAACAGGGCCUGUUACUGCAGCAGCAGCAGGAGAACCUGAUAAAACAGCAUCUGCAACAGCAGGCCCAAUCUCAACAGCAGCAGCAACAGCAACACGCUGCUCAAGUUCAACAGGAUCUGUUACUACAGCAGCAGCAGCAGGCUCCGUUACAGCAGCAGCAGGUUCGGUUACAGCAGCAGCAGCAACAGGCUCAGUUACAAUCUCAAGUUCAAUUACAGUCUCAGCAACGACAACCACCGCCACAACAACAGCCAGGUCCAGUUCAACAGGACCUGUUACUACAGCAACAACAGGCGGCUCAAUUACGGCAAAGGCAACAGGCUCAGUUACAACAGCAGCAGCAACAGUUGCAGGCUCGGGAACAAAAGCCAAGUCAAGUUCAACAGGACCUGUUACUACAGCAACAACAGGCUCAAUUACAACAGACUCAAUUACAACAGCAGCAGCAAAAACAGGAUCUAUUACAGCAGCAGCAACAACAGGCUCAGUUACAGCAGCAGCAACAGGAUCUAUUACAGCAGCAGCAACAGGCUCAGUUACAACAGACUCAAUUGCAGCAGCAGGCUCUGUUACAGCAACAGUUAGAGGCUCAGCUACAAAAACAGUCGGUUCAAAUUCAGCAGGAUCUGUUACAGCAGCAGCAGCAACAGGAUCUGUUACAGCAGCAGCAGCAACAGACUCAAUUACAGCAGCAGCAGCAACAGGCUCAGCUACAGCAACAGUUACAGGCUCAAGAACAACAGCCAAGUCAAGUUCAACAGGACCUGUUACUACAGCAACAACAGGCUCAAUUACAACAGACUCAAUUACAACAGCAGCAGCAAAAACAGGAUCUAUUACAGCAGCAGCAACAACAGGCUCAGUUACAGCACAGCAGCACAGUUCAACAGGCUCAUACACAGCAGCAGCAACAGGCUCAGCUACAGCAACAGUUAGAGGCUCAGCUACAAAAACAGCCGGUUCAAAUUCAGCAGGAUCAAUUACAGCAGCAGCAACAUCAGGCUCUAUUACUGCAGCAACAACAUCAGGAUCAAUUGCAACAACAGUUACAGGCUCAGCAACAAGCCCAGUUACAACAACAACAGCAACAACAGCCGGUUCAAAUUCAGCAGGAUGUAUUACAGCAGCAGCAGCAGCAACAGGCUCUAUUACAGCAGCAGCAACAACAGGCUCAAUUACAGCAGCAGCAGCAACAGGCUCAGCUACAGCAACAGUUACAGGCUCAGGAACAACAGCCAAGUCAAGUUCAACAGGCUCAGUUACAGCAGCAACAACAGGCUCUAUUACAGCAGCAGCAACAACAGGCGCAAAUACAACAGCAGCAACAACAGGCUCAAUUACAGCAGCAGCAACAGGCUCAGUUACAACAGACUCAAUUGCAGCAGCAGGCUCUGUUACAGCAACAGUUAGAGGCUCAGCUACAAAAACAGUCAGUUCAAAUUCAGCAGGAUCUGUUACAGCAGCAGCAGCAACAGGAUCUGUUACAGCAGCAGCAGCAACAGACUCAAUUACAGCAGCAGCAGCAACAAGCUCAGCUACAGCAACAGUUACAGGCUCAAGAACAACAGCCAAGUCAAGUUCAACAGGACCUGUUACUACAGCAACAACAGGCUCAAUUACAACAGACUCAAUUACAACAGCAGCAGCAAAAACAGGAUCUAUUACAGCAGCAGCAACAACAGGCUCAGUUACAGCAGCAACAACAGGCGCAAAUACAGCAGCAGCAACAACAGGCUCAAUUACAGCAGCAGCAACAGGCUCAAUUACAACAGACUCAAUUGCAGCAGCAGGCUCUGUUACAGCAACAGUUAGAGGCUCAGCUACAAAAACAGCCGGUUCAAAUUCAGCAGGAUCAAUUACAGCAGCAGCAACAGGAUCUAUUACAGCAGCAGCAGCAACAGACUCAAUUACAACAACAGUUACAGGCUCAGCAACAAGCCCAGUUACAACAACAACAGCAACAACAGCCGGAUCAGAUUCAGCAGGACAUGUUACUACAGCAGCAGCAACAGGCUCAAUUACAACAGCAGCAACAGGAUCUGUUACAGCAGCAGCAACAUCAGGAUCUAUUGGUGGCAGGGGUCCCUGCCCAGUCCAUGCCAACGGCUACAGCAGCCCGGCCACCCCUGCAGCAGGCAGCGGAGCCGGGGGCUCCGUCUUAUUCCCGUAGCAGUUCCUCCGCGCUCCCUGUUUUCCCCAGCCCCUCCAGCUCUCACCCCGUCCUGCCCGCUUCGUACCCGGGGGGUGGCUCCGAGGCUGCCCCGGGACAGUCUUCUCUGCUGCAGUCUGUGGAUCAACAGGAGCCCCCAAUCCCCACCCCCACGCCCACUAGCCUCCUCCCUCAUCCCUCUGCUGGAGACACCCCUGCCGAUAGCACCCUCAAGUUCAUAUUGGCAACAGUCCUACAGAUGUCUUGGGGGGAAGGGGAAUGUGGGUGGGGCUCACCUGGGAUGCAGCAGCAGCAAAUCAGGCAGCAACAGGCUCAGCUAUUGGCAGGAGCACAUUUCCAGGAGGACGCAGCAACAGGGUCUGAAUCCAGCUCCAGCAACGCCGACAGAUCUUACGGGGGCAUCCAGGCUCAAAGGCAGCAGCAACAGGCAGCGAUUCCCGCCAGUUAG